AUGAGUGUUGAGGCAUACGGGCCGAGCUCGCAGACUCUCACGUUCCUGGACACUGAGGAAGCGGAGUUGCUUGGAGCAGAUACCCAGGGUUCGGAAUAUGAGUUCACAGAUUUUACCCUACCGAGCCAGACUCAAACAGGCCAAACGCAGAGUCAGUUGGACAACCAGGUUCGUGGAAUAAUUGUUGGAUAUUUUGUGGAAAACUACCUCGCUAACAGCGUCCUUAAUAUGGAACCUUGGAGGUAGCUAGUGUGCAGAAGCAGCUAGGUUAGCAUAUCUAGCACGCUAGCUGUCGAGCUACAUAGAAAACACAUGCAUCUGCCCCAGAGGCCACGCAGCUGGCUAACCAGUUAGCUUAGCCAGAAAGUUUACAUAAUGAUUUAGCAUGCUAGCAUUCGCUAAUAUGCGUUCUGAGAUGGACACCAGGAUUAUUUGACAAGCAGUCUGUCAUUUUCUUGAUAAGUAAGGUAGCCAUGACUGUACCAUUUUUAAACUUAAUUAUCUGCAUGACAGUCACAACAGGUAGUUAGCAAGCUUUAGAUAGUAGGCAUACUAGUUAGCUGCUGUGAGUUUGCUACAGCAAGUGCAUUUAAUAGCAAGUUAGCUAACUAGCUGUCAAAUGCACUUGUAGCUAAAACCUUUUUAUUUGUGGUGGUGUGUGUCCUUUUCCAGGUUAUUGACAUUAUGUUGCCACUGUCUUUAAAUGUCCACGUUUUUCUCCAGGUGAAUGUGCCUGAUGGAGUUCUGCAGAAUGGGGAAGACCCUGUUGUAAAAGCAAGUCAACUCCUUGCAGAUUUGAACUUUGAAGAAGACGAGGAGGACACCUAUUAUACUAAAGACCUCCCAGUCCAUGCAUGCAGGUAAUGUUCAGAAAUCCUUUUAGUUCUGUCAGACUGAUAAAAAAUGUGAGUGUUGAAAGUUAGCUUGUUUUAUCUGACUUUACCUUGCCCUAAACAUCAAUAUUAAUGUUGUCAUUGUGCUAUUUAUUUCCUUUCCCCAGUUACUGUGGCAUUCACGAUCCGGCAUGCGUGGUGUAUUGCAACACCAGCAAGAAGUGGUUUUGCAAUGGACGCGGCAAUACGUCUGGCAGGUAGGCUUCAAAGACCAACCAACAGCAGUUGUUGACCUUUCAUCUGUGGUGUACUCAGCUAAAUGUAGUUGCCGUCUACUCUACGUGGGAGGCUGUACACAGGAAGUAGAAAUGUGAUGCAAAUGGAGACUGAAGUGACUUAUACCCUUUUAACAAGGGUCAGAAAGACAUUUACCAGAAAUGUUGAUAUACCUACAUUUUACAUUUACAUUUGAGUGAUUUAGCAGACGCUCUUAUUCAGAGCAACUUACGGUAGUGAGUGCAUACAUUUUCAUGCUUUUUCUCUCACCUUCUCUCUCAGUCACAUUGUGAACCACCUGGUCAGAGCCAAGUCCAAGGAGGUGACUCUGCACAAGGACGGUCCUCUGGGGGAGACGGUGCUUGAGUGCUACAACUGCGGCUGUCGCAACGUCUUCCUCCUGGGCUUUAUCCCCGCCAAAGCAGACUCUGUGGUGGUACUGCUUUGCAGGUAAAGCAGGUCUAUGGUGUUUGUUAACCAUCUUUAUACCAUUCUGUAUCACAAUGAUCAGAUGCCCUGUUUCUCAAAAUGUUCUUGGCCCUUCUCAGACCUAGAUCCAAUGGCUCUAAUAAUUGAAUCAAAGAGAUUUUGUAAUAGAGUGCAUUGAUAGACGUAAUGUGUUUGUUUUGGUAAUGCAGGCAGCCAUGUGCCAGUCAGAGCAGUCUGAAAGACAUCAACUGGGACAGCUCCCAGUGGCAGCCGCUGAUCCAGGACCGCUGCUUCCUCUCCUGGCUGGUGAAGAUCCCCUCGGAGCAGGAGCAGCUUCGGGCCCGCCAGAUCACCGCCCAGCAGAUCAAUAAGCUGGAGGAGCUCUGGAAGGUUCAUAAGAUGCCUUAUUUAGCAUGAGUUUACCAGCAGUUUACUAUAGGCCAGUGGCCUUCUACUUUGGUCGUUUUUAUAUAAAAGCCAGUUAUAGAGCAGCACUCUAUAUGUGGUUGUUGUUUGACUGUAUCUGUCUGUCUGGGUGUCUUCAGGAAAACCCCACGGCCACUCUGGAGGACCUUGAGAAGCCCGGCGUGGACGAGGAGCCUCAGCACGUGCUGCUGCGCUACGAGGAUGCCUACCAGUACCAGAACAUAUUUGGCCCCCUGGUCAAACUGGAGGCUGACUACGAUAAGAAACUCAAAGAGUCCCAGGUAAGGCCAACUUUGUUCUGCUGGACUGUUCAGGCUAGCUCUUCCUGCUUUUGGAUGUAAAGGCAGUUUUGGUUUUACAUGUUUGAGUGAUCGCUCUCUCGUCUGUUUGUUUCACAGACCCAAGACAAUAUAACUGUCAGGUGGGACUUGGGACUCAAUAAAAAGCGGAUUGCUUAUUUCAGCCUUCCCAAGACGGACUCAGGUGGUAAUUCCUUUUUUGUUCAUCUCCAUCAACGUCACGAAGUGUCCACAAGUGGUCCAUGUCCAUUCCAUUCCAGCCACUACCUCCCCUCGCAUUCUCCCUGACGAGCAUGCUGGCCUGUCUUAUAGUCUAAGUCUGAAUGUGUGUGUGCAUGUACGAUUACAUUUUUGUAUGAUGAAUGUUCUAAAAUCUAUCAAUUCUAAAAUGUGCCUUUCAUAAGCUAAUUCCCUUUCCCUUGCUUUGCCAUUCUCUGUGUUUCUGUAGACAUGCGCCUGAUGCAGGGUGAUGAGAUUUGCCUGAGGUACAAGGGAGAUCUUGCCCCGCUCUGGAAGGGCAUUGGACAUGUCAUCAAAGUCCCAGACAGUAUCCUUUUCAUUGUUAUGUUGUGUUACCUUUUACUCUUCAGCAUCUUGUUUAAUGCACAAUUGAUUUACAUGAUUGUUUCUCUGUUUGGCGUUAUCCUUGCAAUACCACCACAAUAUCUCCACAUUAGUCUCUGGAAUGAAUAGGUGUAAUGUUUUGUGGUGUAUAGUUCUUAAUCCUUCCCUAAUAGACUAUGGCGAUGAGAUAGCCAUCGAGCUGAGGAGCAGUGCUGGGGCUCCCGUGGAAGUACCACAUAACUUCCAGGUUGACUUUGUGUGGAAGUCCACCUCUUUUGACAGGUAGGAAUCCUCUGACAAAAAUCAAUAUGUGAUGCAAUGGGUUGGGCUCAGCUUGCUUGGCAAUGGACUUACUAUUACACCAUGUUUCAACUUUUCUGCAGGAUGCAGAGUGCCCUGAAAACCUUUGCAGUGGACGAGACCUCUGUGUCUGGGUACAUCUACCACAAGCUGCUGGGUCACGAGGUGGAGGACGUGGUCAUCAAGUGUCAGCUGCCCAAACGCUUCACCGCCCAGGGCCUGCCUGACCUCAACCACUCACAGGUGGGUGUUAUCAUAGACAGAAGUUAUGAGUAGAUUUGAGUUAUUCCUUCGAAAACAAUAUUUGCUGACAGUUUGGCAUUUUACAAUGUUGUGUGUCAUCACGUAGGUGUAUGCUGUAAAGACUGUGCUGCAGCGUCCUCUCAGUCUCAUCCAGGGGCCCCCUGGCACUGGGAAAACUGUCACCUCUGCCACUGUAGUGUACCACCUGGCCAGACAGGGCAACGGGUAAGAUGUGAUCACUUAAUAGGGGACACCAUAUACAGUACUGACAAGUAAAUAACUUUCACUACAAGAGUGACUACAUUAGUAUUGGCAGAGGUCAUCACUGCAAAUGACACAUUGUUCUCAGUUGACCAACCAAAAGGUUAAUAAAGCACCUUAUCCAUCCCUAACACCAGUUGUGUGUGUGUGUGUGUGUCCUCAGGCCAGUGCUGGUGUGCGCUCCCAGCAACAUUGCGGUGGACCAGCUGACUGAGAAGAUCCACAUGUCGGGCCUGAAGGUGGUGAGGCUCUGUGCCAAGAGCAGAGAGGCCAUUGACUCCCCUGUGUCCUUCCUGGCUCUUCACAACCAGAUCCGCAACAUGGACAGGUAACCUGGGACUGCUACCCAGAGAGGAAUGGUGUCUUUAUCUCAUCAGGUGUCCUGUUAUCUCGAGACGAAGGAUCGAUUCCACUUGAGAACUAGGCUAUGGGCCAUGAGAGUUGCCUCAGUUUAAAAGCAUAGAUGCGCAGGUCAUGUUCCGAGGGCUUUCCUCUGCCUUGCAGCUUUUCUGCACAUUAGCCUUCAUUAUAGGCUACAUCAUUUCAGCACAGUAAAGAGCACUGGUUUCUCAGUUUGUGUUUUGCUGUAUCUGUGUGCAGUAUACCAGAGCUUCAGAAGCUGCAGCAGCUGAAGGACGAGACUGGGGAGCUGUCCUCCUCUGAUGAGAAGCGCUACAGGGCCUUGAAGCGCACCGCCGAGAGGGAACUACUCAUGGUAACAUCUGCUUCUUUUCCACUCUCCCUUAAAUCAAAGUCCUAAAAAUGUCUUAAUUCCACUGUAAAUAAAUAUCUACUUCCUCAAGUUGAUUAUCACUGACCAUGUCUCCCUUCACUCCCAUCUCUGCUCCUCAGAAUGCUGAUGUGAUCUGCUGUACCUGUGUGGGGGCAGGAGACCCCCGCCUGGCCAAGAUGCAGUUCCGCUCCAUCCUCAUUGAUGAGAGCACGCAGGCCACUGAGCCCGAAUGCAUGGUGCCUGUCAUACUUGGGGCCAAACAGGUAUGUCUCAGGGCAAUCUUUAAGAGAAAUUAUGCCCAGUCAGUUAGCUCAAUGACAGGUCCCAACUUCUCUCUGUGUCUCGUACAGAAUGUUAAUCAAAAGUUGUUGCUGAUGGACAAGUGUAGUGACAUUUAUUGCCUCCAGUUGUCUGUGCUUGGUUGAAUCUGACAUUAUUGCAAGUGCAGAAGACUGAGUGAGGCACUACAGCUACACCCAAUUCUAGUUCCCACGCCACACAACAUUGGAUUUGAAUUGGAAUUACCUUUCUAUUCAUACUAAAUCUAUGAUUUCUCUCUGUUUCUCUCCAGCUGAUCCUGGUGGGAGACCAUUGCCAGCUGGGUCCAGUAGUGAUGUGUAAGAAGGCAGCCAAGGCAGGCCUGUCCCAGUCCCUGUUUGAGCGUCUGGUGGUGCUGGGCAUCAGGCCCAUCCGUCUGCAGGUGCAGUACCGUAUGCACCCAGCCCUCAGCGCCUUCCCCUCCAACAUCUUCUACGAGGGCUCCCUGCAGAACGGAGUCACCGCGGGUAAGUCGUUGAGGGAAAAGGACUCGGUGCCAGUGUAUAGAACCCUCAUAAACAGAGGUUAGGGUUAGGUUAUGUGUUUGGCCAGUGUCGUGACGUGACUUUCAUUAUUGUGAUGUCUAUUAUUUAUCGAAUAAUGACCUACUAUGUUUAAAUGUUACUAGAUUAAAUGAAUCAUGUAGCAAUUAACUCAUUAGGAAUUUGGGGCACCACAGGAAAAGUUGUUUAACGAGUUACCGUUUCCUGAAUUAACUCUAAAGAUAUCUUGAUAUCUCUUAUCGUUUAAGUCAUUUAUUAAUAAUUUACCUCAUAUCAGUCUCAUUCUGAGAGUCGUAGGCUCUUUAAGUCUGCACGAACCUUACUGAUCAUUCCUUACCAUACAAAUUGAUGUAAUUAUUUAUUUACUAACUAAUUAAAAAUUAUAACACAAGAUACAAACACGCACACGGUAUAGGUAGGGAUUAGAAACUUAAUACAAUGAAAACGUGUCCCUAGCGGACUAACACAAUAUGACACUUGUUACAAAAGAUGGCGAUUUAAAGAGAGAGAGAGAAAACACUUGGAUACACAUGGACCUAUGCUCACAGUAAUCCUAAUACUUUGCCCCAAACUGCCGCCCGUUUGGGAAGAAAAGCAAUGCAUGUAUUUACGUGUUGGAGGUCUUCGUGGUGUAUCUCUGUUGGACCCAGGCCUUCGUGGGAAGGGGUCGAUUGGGCCUUCUCUUUCGGAUGGCCUUUUAGAUGUAAGGCUCAGAUUGUCCACAAGAGGUCACAAUGGCCUUCUUCUUAGUUUUCUGUUUACUUUCACUCAUUCUGGAAGUGGUCUUCUGAGGACGGCUAAUCAGCCGUGUCGAUGAUCCCCUGUGGGGUGAUGAGAGCAGUGUAGUAGACGAUGGCUUGAAGAGAGUAACAGGAUGGUCCCACCUAAAUUCACCUUCUUAGAUACAGUACUUAGAACAGCUACUCAGCCGUAACAUUGAUUGUUAGUGGAGGCAACUUUGUCGUCUUCACCUCGUGUUGAUUUUCAGGUUCGGGACCAAUAUGGACAAAAGCUGCAGCUUGAGGUCCGUCUAGUCUGAUCUGAUAAUUCUUAUCUCAGUCUUUUAUGCACUCUGGUAAAGAGGAGCGUUUCCGUCAUACUGACCCGCUCUCUGAGCUCCCUCGAGCGUGGCUAGUUACGAGGCAAAAUUAUUAUCAUCACUAUGAUUUUGUUAGGAAUGUGAUUUUAGCUUUCUAUCUUCACAAAAACAUUGUCUUCCUCCUUGAUAUUUUCUACACAAGGUAAAGGAUGCAAACCUGAUAUCCACAGUGUAAAAGCUCUUCAAGUCACAAUGUUUUCAUUAUAACACCUUUAUACCAUUUUGAAUGACAUCACAAAAUAGACAUACAUUUUCCAUUUUCCAUUUCUCAUCAUUCCCAACAUUUAGAUGUUGAAAUAUAUUGUCCCAAUGUUCAUUGUUGGAUGUUGAAGUUUUUGGCCGGCAAAAAGUCUCUGGAAAAAAAGGCAUUCCUUUCACCAUACUAGGAUGCCAGAGAUAGAUUAUCCUCCUCUCUAAUUUAUGGCAGUAUUAAGGUGUCAAGACAGGCACAGCCCCCCUGUGAGUUACCUGUCCCUGUGGGUAAGAGGGUCUGGUUGUUGUCGGCCAUUUGCCAAGCUGAUGUGAGGCCUUUGAUUCUCACCCAGGGAGAGUCAUGACACCAGCAAGCGGGGAAUGGGCUCCCUGUUGUCUACAAACUAGUUGGGCAGUUGACAUAAUCCGUCUCGAAGGACCAAGAAAACAGAACAAUCAUGUAUUGCCUUAUAACAGAAGGUUUUACUAAGUUUGCACCAGGUGGAAAACACCCAAAACAAAGCUAAAACAUGUCACUGGCUUCUACACUUAAUUCUGGAUGAACCUUAAUGUUAACGUACUAACUCUCCCUUUCUUGACCUCUUUCUUUUAAUUAUACAGCUGACCGCAUCAAGAAAGGCUUUGACUUCCAGUGGCCACAGCCAGACAAACCCAUGUUCUUCUACGUGACCCAGGGCCAGGAGGAAAUCGCAAGCUCUGGAACCUCCUAUCUUAACAGGUAUUUGACAAACGGAAGCAUUUGUCAUUUCUGACCAAACAGACAGACUUCAUUCAUAAAAAGGGUAUGUUUGCUUUUUUUUAGUGAAUAAGCUUUUCUUCUCUUCUCUCUCUAUCUCAGGACUGAGGCUUCCAACGUGGAGAAGAUCACCACCAGGCUGCUCAAGGCCGGGGCCAAGCCUGACCAGAUAGGCAUCAUCACCCCCUACGAGGGUCAGCGGUCCUACCUGGUGCAGUACAUGCAGUUCAGUGGCUCUCUCCACACCAAGCUCUACCAGGUACAGCAUGCUCACAGGGUUAGGGAGUUAUAUCAGAUGGGAAAGAAAUUAUAAUGGCAUGCCACUGUGGCACUCAAGUCUGUGUAGUACUUUCUGCAGUACCUUUAAAAACGGGAUACAUUACUGUUUUUAUGUUUAGGCCAGAUGGUGAUUGGAACAGUACUAGUUAAUAGUUUUCCUGUCUCUUGGCUGUCCUCAGGAGGUGGAGAUAGCCAGUGUCGAUGCCUUCCAGGGCAGAGAGAAGGACUUCAUCAUCCUGUCCUGUGUCAGAGCCAACGAGCACCAGGGCAUUGGCUUCCUCAACGACCCACGACGUCUCAACGUGGCUCUCACCAGGGCCAGGUAAACAACACCUGGACCUGUGCAGUACAGUCCCUCUCGGUUUCCUGAUGCUCAACAGAUAAUUAGAAACAUCUUAUCAUCCUGUCUUUUUAACUUUUGAAAGACUAUUUGAAUAUUUGUCUUUGGUGUUAUGUCAACAUUUGAUCAUUACUCUGACAGUCCCAAAGUAUAGAAGUCCUAUUCUCUACCUGUAAAGGAACUGUGUCCUGUGUGUGUGUGUGUAGGUAUGGGGUUAUCAUCGUGGGCAACCCCAAGGCCCUGUCCAAGCAGCCUCUGUGGAACCACCUUCUCAACUACUACAAGGAGCAGAAGGUUCUGGUGGAGGGACCCCUCAACAACCUGAGAGAGAGCCUCAUGCAGUUCAGCAAGCCUCGCAAGCUGGUCAACGCCAUCAACCCUGUGAGUCUCGUCCCCCCUUGAACACGUGUGGGUGUGUUUGAUCAUGUACGUGUUUAUGUGGUGCGUGGUGUUUUACUUUCAUGAUUUACUUUGGUGUAAAUGGGACACCAUUAUAAAAAGAACAUGUGCGUCGGCUACUUUUCCGACUUACUGAAAUGUUUGUUCUAUGUGUGGGUUCUUCAGGGGGGCCGUUUCAUGAGCACAGCCAUGUAUGAUGCCAGGGAGGCUCUUAUUCCUGGAUCUGUGUAUGACCGCAACAGCACUGGUGAGAGGCGACGUCAAACUGUAAACUUGUGUGUCUUUGUACUUGUCUUGCCAUUGUCUAAAAUGGUCUCUUUUCUCCCUUCAGGACGUACAUCCAACAUGUACUUCCAGACCCACGACCAGAUUGGCAUGAUUGGCCCAGGCCCCAUGGCCUCCAUGAACAUCCCCAUCCCCUUCAACCUGGUCAUGCCCCCGCCAGGCUACAUGGGCCAGGUCAACGGCCCCCAAGCAGGCCGUGGCGGAGGUAUGAAGGGUAAGGCGGGCGGAGGGGCACGAGGCGGGCGCCAGAGGAGCCGUGGUAUGGGGAACAAUGGCGGGGGCAGUGGGCAGCACGGCCACGUGAGUGGCAGCCAGGCCAGCCAGGACCUGGGCUCCCAGCCCUUCUCCCAGGGACCCCUCACCCAGGGCUACAUCACCAUGAGCCAGCCCUCCCAGAUGAGCCAGCCUGGCCUGUCUCAGCCUGAACUCUCCCAGGUAAGUCAGCAGAACCUUUACAUUUUCAUCAUUUAGCAGACAUUAUUGGUCUGACAUAGACAUACAUGCAUGAAAAUAAGCAGGCUAAAAGCUUCUCCUUUGUUGUUUUCCUUAUAGGACAGCUACCUUGGCGAUGAGUUCAAGUCCCAGAUUGACGUGGCCCUCUCCCAAGACUCCACCUACCAGGGGGAAAGAGCCUAUCAACAUGGUGUGACUGGACUGUCCCAGUACUAG